AUGUCUGGGUUCAAAUCUCUCACCUGCCUCCUCUUUGUUGCGCUCCUCAGCGUGACCGUCCAAGCCGGAGCCCUGAUCGGACAUCAUUCAACCCUCCACCGCCACAUGAAACGCGGCGAUCUCAAAGAAUGCACCCAAGAUUUGGCCAGUGAAACGUUCAAAAAUAACAAGCAUUCCUCCCUCAGGGCCGUCAUCUGCUACAGGACAGACAAUCUCUUCCACGUUGAAAAUAAAUCUAAGGAUCAUUUCCAAACUGCAAAACUGGGCACUUGCUCCAAGAAAGGAUGGUUUGGGAUUCGCUCUUCAUAUGUUUUACAGCAACAAGUGAUGGAGGAUACGAUAAUAUCGCCUUGA